AUGCUUUUUGUCUUGCAGAAGAUGUCCCGCGACGGCUGCUCCUGGCUGCUGGCAGUGACCUGGGCGCCGCUGCUGGUGAUGACAGCCUUUGCCAUGGAGUGCCCCAAGAUCAAGGUGGGGACGUGCAAGGACUGCAUCCAGUCUGGUCCUGGAUGUGCCUGGUGCAAGGAACCGAGCUUCACCAAAGCCGGUGAGCCAGACUCCAUCCGCUGCGACACCAUCGAGGAGCUGCAGCAGAGGGGAUGCCCGCACAACCAGAUUGAGUUUCCAGUCAACAACAUUACAAGAACACGGGACAGUCCGUUAAGCAGUGACAUACAACUGACUCCCCAGGAGGUGCACCUGAAACUGAGGAUAGGCCAGCCUGCUGUGUUCGAGGUGAAGUUUCGCCGUGCUGUGGGGUACCCCAUUGAUCUCUACUACCUCAUGGACCUCUCCUACUCCAUGCUGGAUGACCUGGAGAAGGUGAAGAAGCUGGGAGGGGAGCUGCUGAGGGCGCUGGAGAGCACCACCCCUUCUCGACGCAUAGGGUUUGGCUCCUUCGUGGACAAGACGGUGCUGCCCUUCGUGAACACGCACCCUGAGAAGCUGCAGAACCCCUGUCCCAACAAGGACACGCAGUGCCAGCCCCCCUUCGCCUACAAGCAUAUCCUCUCACUGACCGACGACGCCAAGAAGUUCGAGAGCGAAGUGGGGAAGCAGUUCAUCUCGGGGAACCUCGACGCCCCGGAGGGCGGGCUGGACGCCAUGAUGCAGGCGGCGGUGUGUGGG